AUGGAUUGGGUGAAAUUAAUCUUUUAUGGGGCUUCCAGAGGCAAUCCUGGCCCCUCUGGAAUUGGCUAUGUAAUCAGAGAUCAAUCAGGAGCAAUUAUAGGGAAAAUGGCAAAGCCAAUUCCCCCAGACACCAAUAAUAUAGCAGAAUUCGCUGCUCUGCAACUUGGUUUGAAGGAUUGCAUCAACCAUGGUCUAAGAAAUGUCUCAGUGGAAGGAGACUCAGAGAUAGCAAUGAAUGCAAUAAGGAAAAAAAAAAACCCAAACUGGAGACUUCAAGUAAUUUUAGAAAAAAUCUUAGAAAAUUUGAACAGACUUGAGCAUUUUGAGGCCAAACGUAUCUAUAGGGAAGCAAAUGUAGUGGCAGAUGCCUUAUCAAAAAUAUCAGCUCAAGGUUCUUUCAUUCAUUGGUGGGUUCAAAGUAUUCAAGUUAGUGGUAAUGCAGAUCAGGUCUUCUAG